CCCCUUUUCUCAGACUAGGAACCCUGGAAAAUGGAGAAGCUGUGCUAAUAGAGUGGGGCCAGAAAUUCCCACUCUAGAAUGCUCUAGAAUGUUGGGAGACACCCAGGAUGUGAGGCCAGGGACUUUCUGGAACUGUUGGUUCUGGCCCCACCCGACUCCAGGCAGUCCCAAGCUGUCUGCACAGUCGGAUGGGGAGGGGGCUUGCACAGAGUUGGAGCCAGAGGACAGAGCUGGGCUCCUGGAGAAGGAUGGGGAAACCUCUCUCAGACCACCUUGUCACCCGGCCUCAGCUCUCCGCCCCGGCGCUCAGAGGAUAACUCUCACCCACCUCGUCCGCUUCUCUGAACCAGAGUGACCCAGGCUGCGCUCCGCCCUGCUCUCCUACCCCGAGCUGGCACGGAGGCGGGGCGCCAGAGGGGGGCCCCAGGCGCCCCGAGGUCUUGCCCUUGCGGCUCUCCGUUUGCAGGGGUGGGAGCCUUCUUCCGGGUAGGGACCACGUGGCCCUGGCCGGGCAGGGGGCUCGGCCCACCCCGCGCCGGGCCCAGUGACUCAGGCCGCAGCUGUUCCCGCGUCACAUGAGGGAGGCCGGCGGCCACUGGGCGGGGGAGGGGACCGUGGCUGGAGCCCGGGGCGGGGCCGCGCGGCAGGCGGGGCGGGAGCUGGGGGGCGCAGCUAGAGAGCCCCGGAGCCGCGGCGGGAGAGGAGCGCGCAGCCUUGGGGAGCCCAGGCCCGGCAGCCAUGGCGGUGGAAGGAGGAAUGAAAUGUGUGAAGUUCUUGCUCUACGUCCUCCUGCUGGCCUUUUGCGCCUGUGCAGUGGGACUGAUUGCUGUGGGUGUCGGGGCACAGCUUGUCCUGAGUCAGACCAUAAUCCAGGGGGCUACCCCUGGCUCUCUCUUGCCUGUGGUCAUCAUCGCAGUGGGUGUCUUCCUCUUCCUCGUGGCCUUUGUGGGCUGCUGUGGGGCCUGCAAGGAGAACUAUUGUCUUAUGAUCACGUUUGCCAUCUUUCUGUCUCUUAUCAUGUUGGUGGAGGUGGCUGCAGCCAUUGCUGGCUAUGUGUUUAGAGAUAAGGUGAUGUCAGAGUUUAAUAACAACUUCCGGCAGCAGAUGGAGAAUUACCCGAAAAACAACCACACUGCUUCGAUCCUGGACAGGAUGCAGGCAGAUUUUAAGUGCUGUGGGGCUGCUAACUACACAGAUUGGGAGAAAAUCCCUUCCAUGUCGAAGAACCGAGUCCCUGACUCCUGCUGCAUUAAUGUCACUGUGGGCUGUGGGAUUAAUUUCAACGAGAAGGCGAUCCAUAAGGAGGGCUGUGUGGAGAAGAUUGGGGGCUGGCUGCGGAAAAAUGUGCUGGUGGUGGCUGCAGCAGCUCUUGGAAUUGCUUUUGUCGAGGUUUUGGGAAUUGUCUUUGCCUGCUGCCUCGUGAAGAGUAUCAGAAGUGGCUACGAGGUGAUGUAGGGGUCUGGUCUCCUCAGCCUCCUCAUCUGGGGGAGUGGAAUAGUAUCCUCCAGGUUUUUCAAUUAAACGGAUUAUUUUUUCAGACCGAAAAGAGAAAUGGUCUGAGUUUGUCUUA